AUGCAGGUGGUGGACAUGUCGCUGCCGCUUCAGAUUUGCGCCCAGCCUCGGUGGUCGGUCAGAAAGACGCAAGAGGCCGUGGGGUCGGACUCCCCGUCGAUUCUGCACGCUCACAGGAACGUCACCAGUGCCGUCGAGAUGCUGAAUUUCGGGGCGCACAAGUUCCCCGACGAGUGCUACGUCUAUAGCGACCAGAGGCAGCAGUGGUUCAAGCUGUGGAGAGAGAAAGGAGGCUGGUGGUCUUUUGACAACACUAUGGCGGUCCCGCGCGUAGAGGCGGAUCUGAUAUCCCUGUGGCUGACACGCGGGUGGUCACCGAGGCGGUGCGGAUGCUGA